GUCCACCGUUCAAUCACUUCGACUGCAGGAGAUUCACAGUGCGAUAUAUACAGAAACGGCUGUGCACUCGCGCAUCCUCGUUUUUUUUUUAAUCUUUAAAUCAUUUUGUUAGGUUAUAGUAUAACGCAAAACCAUGAAAGAGAGAAGAAACGCACAGCCAUUGGUGGUCAGAUGUAAGCUGGUGCUGGUUGGGGAUGUUCAAUGCGGGAAAACUGCGAUGUUACAGGUUUUGGCAAAGGAUUGUUAUCCAGAGACGUAUGUACCCACAGUAUUUGAGAACUACACAGCCUGUCUGGAGCUCGAUGACCAGCGCGUUGAAUUGAGUUUAUGGGACACUUCAGGAUCUCCAUAUUAUGAUAAUGUGAGACCCCUCUGCUACAGUGACUCUGAUGCAGUGCUCCUUUGUUUUGACAUCAGUCGCCCAGAUAUCUUUGACAGUGGACUUAAGAAGUGGAGGGCUGAGAUCAUCGACUUUUGCCCCAGUACUCGUAUUCUCCUUGUUGGUUGCAAGACAGACCUUCGGACGGACGUAUGCACGCUGAUGGAGCUGUCCAAUCAGAAACAAACACCCAUCACUCAUGAGCAGGGCUCUGCCAUGGCCAAACAGUUGGGCGCUGAGGCUUAUCUGGAGUGUUCGGCCUUCACCUCUGAGAAGAGCAUCCACAGCGUGUUCCGCACAGCUGCACUGGCUUGCAUCAACAAGCUACAGCCGCUCGCCAAACCCAGCCCGACCCGCCGGCUGUCCAAACGCCUGCUCCACCUGCCCAGCAAGUCCGACCUCUUCUCCUCCACCUUCAAGAAGGAGAAGGCCAAGAGUUGCUCUGUAAUGUGAGUGGAGAACUUCACCCCCCCGUAACAAAAGCUACACCAUUCCCUGCGCUUUGGUCUGGGGAAGGGGGGUGGGAUCCGAUUGCCACAUCAAUGACGUGUGGAAUCCUUCCUCACCCCCCAAAGAAACACCUUUCAGAACAAGUGGACACCUCGCUGUCCUCCUUGUCCUGAGCUCUUCAACAGUGCAUAUGUAUUUUCAGUACUGUAUCUUGCUAUUAAACGAGAUUCGAUCAUCAGCCAUCAUCUAUUCACUCCUUGUUAUCAAGAGAUUUGCUGUCAUUGUGUCAGUUGAACCUCGGAAUGAUUCAACUAAAAGUAAAUAGGAAACAGAUGUUUAAAAAAGGUUCCAAUGUUCAAUGUAAGCUAUUUGAUCUAUAAAUACAAGAUCUCUAGUGUAAGAUUCAAAAGAAAUACCUACAGAAUGCACUAAAAUUGUGAAGCUGUGCACAGAGGAGAAGGCGGCCCAUUUGGCAUUGUCACACUGGUUGAAUUGGCGGCAAUGUAGGAAGCGAAACUUGACAAAUUAAAAUCCAAUCAUAU